AUGGUACCCAUGAGUUCAUCUGACUUUGGAUUGGACCAAAGUUUUUCUCCACUGCCCAGAGUGACCAGGGAGUCAAUGAGACAGUAUCUGCAGUUUCCCCCUGACCAAUCUGUGCGAAUCCUCCAUGCAAAGGUCGCCCAGAAAUCAUACGGCAACGAGAAACGGUUCUUCUGCCCUCCUCCUUGUGUUUACAUCAGUGGCUCAGGAUGGAAACUGAAACAAGACCUUUUGAAUGCCACUGGUGCAGGGGACUCCUGCUACAGACUCUAUGGUUAUAUGGGCCUGGACAGCUCCUGUGUUGCCCAGGCAGACACCUCCAAACUAGCCUUCGAGGACCAGCCUGAUGCCAGGAUGUUUGCCUGCGCCAAGUCCCUGUACAUCUCUGACACAGACAAAAGGAAGCACUUUCGCCUGGUCCUCAAGCUCUUCCUUGGUAACGGGCAGGAGAUUGGCUCCUUCCUCAGUAAGCUGAUCAAAGUUAUCUCCAAACCGUCCCAGAAGAGGCAGUCUAUGAAGAACGCUGACUUGUGUAUUUCCACGGGGUCGAGGGUGGCUCUGUUCAACCGCUUGAGGUCCCAAACGGUCAGCACACGUUACCUGGCCGUAGAACGAGGGGCCUUUGUAGCCAGUGCCAGACAGUGGACUGCAUUUACAGUCACUUUAGUGGAUGACCAGCAUGCUGACUCGGAGGAGUUCACGGUGUGUGAGGGAUUCAUCUGCUACGGCUGUGUGGUUCAGCUGGUCUGCACUGACUCCGGGGUGGCCCUGCCCCCCAUGGUGAUCCGCAAGGUGAACAAGCAGCACGCCAUCCUGGAUGUGGACGAGCCCGUCUCCCAGCUUCACAAGUGUGCCUUUCAGUUCAAGGACAACAGCCAGAUGUACCUCUGUCUGUCUAACGAGAGAAUCAUACAGUACCAGGUCUCAUCCAGUCUGAGGGAGCAGAGCAGAGAGGUGCUGAACGAUGGAUCAUGUUGGACCAUCAUUGGUACAGAGGCAGUGGAGUAUACGUUCUGUGAGGGCUUGGCCUGCGUUCAGGGCUCUGUCAGCCCAAUACCUGUCAUCACAGGACUGGAGGUGAAUGGUGGAGGACAUGUAGCCAUGCUAGAAGUAAAUGGAGAAAACUUUGGCCCCCAUCUGAAAGUUUGGUUUGGAAAUGUGGAGGCAGAAACUAUGUUAAGGUCACCAAAGUCCAUGCUGUGUGUGGUUCCAGACGUGUCCGUGUUCAGUGGGGAGUGGAGAUGGCUGCGGCACCCCAUCACCGUACCUCUGUCCCUCAUUCGUCUGGACGGUCUGAUCUACAGGAGCACCUUCAGCUUCACCUACACCCCUGAACACAACACCCCCCCGCAGGCCAGAGGGGCACUGCAAAAUGCCCCAGAGUCUGACACUCUCAUAGACUUCAUCCACCAAGAGUUCACACGCACCAACUUCCACUUGUUCAUGCAGAACUAG